GGUGAGAGUCGGGUGACGGCCGCACCGGACGCGCGCCGCCCCCAACACAAUCCUAGGAUUUUAUCUUGUUACCUACAUCCUGCACCUCCUACAGCGGGGGGGUGUUCCCGGGGGCGUCGUGUUCAUCAUGCCCCGGGCACCAGACCCGAGGGCCCUCACACUACGGGGAGUCAUUUAAACGUGUAUAAUGAUAAUGGCGACCACGAGAGAACCCCAGAGAAGAGACGAAAAUAUUAACAUCAAGAGAAGGAGAGAGAGACAGUAAUAAUGGAAAGGCAAAAGCUCUUCCACAUUGACCUAGUUACUGAUACUUGUUUAUGUCCACUAAGAACAUAUACAAUAAAUUACAGGUGUAUAGGUCUUUCAUAUUAUCUAGCCAAUCACGUGGUUUGUUUCAAUUUACCUGGCCAAUCACGAGGUUUGCUUCAAUUUACCUGGCCAAUCACGAGGUCAAUAAUCAAGUUACCUGGCCAAUCACGAGGUCACUUUAAGGUCAGUUCCUAGCAGGGUUUAAGUCAGGUCAAGUGGUGUAGGUCAGUACUUGGAGGGUCAAUUUUAAGAGAGAGAGAUAGAGAGAAAAAAGAGAGAGGUGGUGUACGUUGUUGUGGUCAAUCGAGUGACUCUACACUUAACUGGUUUACCUGGUGAGUCAGAUUGAGCUGAGUCGCAAAUAUUAGUUGGUGAGUCACGUUCAAUUUUUUAACUAGGCUCGAGUCAGUGUAGAAAAAGAUGACUAUCCCAGUGACUCCCGUGGACAGUGACUCAAGAAGACAGUGAUUCAGUGGGCAGUGACUAACUCGGCCUGAAGAACUCUUAUGAGAAACAGUGACUACGGGUGGGCAGUGACCUAAGGAUAGUGAAGUUCCUAAGGCGGCAGUCAGGUGAAAUCCAAGGACAGUGGCCUCCCAAGAAUAGUGAUUCAUGGGAAAGUGACUCCUAAAACAGUUCCCCCAAAAGCUACAGCAGUGACUCAUGGGACAGUGACAUUCGAGGACAGUAAUUCCGAGGAAAAGUAACUCCAAGAACAGUGAUUCUGUGUGUGUGUGUGAGGGAGAGGGAGGCAAGAAAUGGCCUGGCAGUGAGUACUAGUCGUGGUAAUAUUAAGUAGGAGGAGGAGGAGGAGGAGGUAGGCGUGUCCUGUCGACCGCCCGCCCGCCCACCCACCCGCGCAGGAGUGGUGAGCGCCGCCUGGUGGAGGGGUAGUAUGCCACUGAUGGUGGUGGCGGGUCUCCUGGUCCUCGCCACAGUGGCCAGCGUCUUCUUCAACUCCUACAUCCUCUUCCUCUCCUGCACCCAGAACUUCCGUCAGACUCGCACCACCACCCACAUCCUCCUGUUACACCUGGGCGUCAUCAACCUGCUAAUUGCUGCUCUCUUCCUCAUUGGUUUCUUCCCCUCACUCAUACAGGUGGAGUGGCUGGGGAGUGGCGGGUGCUCGGCGGUGGGCAGCGCCUGGUUCACACUACACGUGGCGGCCAUCUGGACACUCACCGCCCUCAACGUGGACAAGUAUGUGGCCAUCGCCUCGCCUCUCCACUACGCCCGCUUUGUGUCACUCGGUCGUGUAGGGGUGACGGUGGCAGUGUCGUGGGUGUUGUCGGCGGGGCUGUGCACACUGCCGCUCUUACUGCCGGGGCUGCACAGUACUUCGCGGCCCCCUGGCUGCUGCCUCCCCGACGUGGUGUCCGCCUCGCCCCUCCUGGGCCGCAGCUACGCUCUGGCCCUCUCAUUGUUCGGGUAUAUAUUACCAGCACUGCUGGUGACCUCCGCUAAUGGCCGCAUCUUGGUAAUAGCGCGUCACCACCGUCACCGCAUCGUGUCAGCGCUGUGGGACGUGACGGUGUCGGCUCAAGCCACUGUCACACCGCAGAGAUCCCACUUUUACCUGACGCGGUACAGAGGGCGGUCAGCGGCCACCACAGUGUUCCACUUCGUCGGCACCUUCAUCAUCCUGUACCUGCCGUCGGCCGUGUGUCUGCUGUACGAGGCCCUCGCCAGGUCUUACGUCCCGGUCAACGUCUCCAUCACUAACUUCGCUCUACUCACGUUUGCGCCGGCCAUCAACGGCUUUGUUUACGGCGUUAAAAGUAAAGUGUUGCGAAAAAACUUUAAAAAUUUCCUCAGAAAGCGGCUGUACCGCAGUGAAGUUAACUAUGAGAUCCAGUCCCGGGCGCCGUCGGUGCCAGCCUCCCGGCGGCCCUCCGUCACCCCCUCCCUCUCGUUGCCCCUCCAGCAGAAGCUUCAGCGCCGCAUGUCUGAAAUACUCAUCCAGCCCACCACCUCCACACCUAGUGAAGGCGGCACUAAACUCGUCCGACGGUCUUCCGAGCUAUGUUUCCGGCCACGGGGCUCCAACUCCUCGAUACCCAGAGACACAACACCCUCUCGACCCAUGGUUGACUCCUCAAUGUUGCUGGUCAACAACACCAACCAGACUGACCAGCAAAACAACCAGGUUAAGAACGAGCAGGUCAAGCCUGACAAAACCAAAGGCGGGAGCCAGGAGAAGGUGAACACCUCCCCACCCAAGAGCCCCCUCAGUCGCAGCUCGAAGGUGUUCCGCCUACUGUCACAGUCUAACAGUCUGGAAGAGAACCAACACCCGGAGACCGAGACCUCCAACAACACGUCGACCGUCAUGACCAAUCAUCGCCCUUCUUUACGUCGAGCUCUUUUUGCCAGGAAUAAACAGAAGAGCCUCGACUUUGAGAUGACGUGUUUGUACUUAGAGGAAAGUUCUUCAGAUUCUGUCAUCCAUCCGCCUCGCAGCGCGUCACAACAGAUUGUGGGAGACCUGGGCAGCCCCUCACUAGCUCGGCCUCUGUUGCUGGAUCCUCGAUCUCAGCCGCCACUGUCUCCCGCCAGGAAGACCAAGAGAGUCUCCUGGUCCUCUGACAGCUUCUCUGACUCUCCCAUGGACUCUGACAACGACACAGUCAUCGUCUCCAACCCCGUGCCUCCAAGAUACCGUAAGAAGACAAUGUUCCGUAACAAUGGGCUGCGUUUCGACUUCUCCAAAGUCUCCCUGGAACGUAUCGACUCUGAGGACGUCCGGCAGUCACUGGAGCACAGCGACUCCCUCGACUCAUCGCCACCAAUCUCUCCACAAAUCGCUGCCAACAACAAAACAGAGGUGGACGUUCAUCCUGUCAACAGUCCCGUCGUGGCCAAUGGGAAGGUCAUCAGUAAGAGUAACGGCCACCACGAUAUAGCGGGCGCUGUGGCCCUGCCCACACACAACACAUGAGGGUCGAGGCCAGUUUUCAUCACUCGUGGGCUUUCUUAGGCAACGCAAAUCAGGGUAUUGUGGCAGGAGAGAGAACACGGAGAGGGCCUGGCGUGUGCUGGGCCCACACCGUUCUCUACACACAUUUGUUUACUACUGACCAGACGCAACAAAGCUUCCCUCGUUGAGCGCCACUGUCAUAAUAACUCGCUUAUUCCAGUCCUGUCACGGUGAGAGUAACACAGGACACCGUGUUGUGAUGCCAUAACACUAUUGACCAAGACGAGAGCCAUGUUGUCAUACACUUGUGGACGCUUUGGAUGAAGAACUGUAAAUAUUAGCUGCCCUUAAGGGGUUAAAACUCCUCGUCGGGAGAACUUGAGAGCUUUAAUUGUUUACAGUGAGAAAACCUAGUGGGUGUCCCCCCCCCUGUCUCUCUGAGGCUCACCUGUCAGGUCCACUGUUUGUAUGUGAAAAAAUCUAUAUACAUGUAUAUACUAGUCAGAACAGAUAUUA